UCACGAAAAAGCAAAAUGGUUCUUUUGUUUACAAAUUUUGCGAAAAAUUAAUUAAAAAUCCCAGAAAUCCGACUGAUUUUACUGCGUAAAAAUGGAAAAAUUGACGCUAAUUAGCGCCACACUCUUCUUAGCUGCUGAUGUUUUCGCCAUUAUUGCUCUGGCAAUGCCCGAUUGGAUAGUUGAUGUUGGAGGUGAAACACGUCUCGGACUCAUGUGGAGUUGCUUUCAGCUGUAUAAUCGCCCCCAAGUUUGCUACACGCCCGAAUUGCAAAUCGAAUGGUUGAUCGCUCUCAUAUGUAUCUUCGUCGGAUGCAUUUGUGUCACGACCACAAUCAUCCUUUUAGCAUCCAGCAAUUGGGACCGACAUGUCAUAACGUAUGCCCGAUGGGUCGGUUUCACGGCAAUGGUUCUUUUUUGCUUUGCUGCCGUCAUUUUCCCACUCGGAUUUCACGUCGACGAAAUUGGCGGACUACCAUAUCAACUUCCCAACAGCUACAGCGUCGGAAUCUCGUACAUAAUGUUCGUGCUGGCAUUGUGGAUUACCGUCAUCUCGGAAUUAUUUGCGGGAAAAGUUUGUCUUCCGCACUUUUGAAUUAAAUUUUCGCUCAAAAUUUUAAUUUUUAAGGAUAUUUUUGUAUAAAAAAAAACGUACUGAAUUGUUUUAAAUUCUUAUAUUUGUAGGAUAUAAGUCGCUAU